UGUAUACAAGUACCCGUAUGCCUUACGUUAUGUUAUAACAUAACGUAAGGCAUACGGGUACUUAUAACAUAUAAAUACCAUAUUAUACAGUAAGCAUGCAUUCAAUAUUGAUCACCUUCACCUAAAUUAUUUCUGUGCGUGUCUCGAAUUCCGUACCUGAGUAAAUUAUUUCGUUGUCAUCUAUAAAUGCUAUCAUAACUCGAUUCUCUAUUGUUCUUGUUCUUAGAUUAGCUACGGAGAAAGAAUAAUAAAUUAAUGCCGUGUUUCGGUGUAAACAUGACGUGAUGUAAUUACCGUGUUUUUUCUCAUGAUGAUAGUAAUUUGGUAUCGUUUUUGUAGAUACAUCUAUUCGGUGUGAAUUUUUGGUAGUUUCUUUUUUGUUUUCGAUUUCUAGGUUUAAUUGAAUUGAAAGGAAAAAUCUAUAACUUUUGUUUGUUGAUAUACAUUUUUGGUGAAAGUAAGUCACGUUACAGUAACUUCCGUUUCAUUAAAAUUUUCUUGACAUUAUACUGUGGAACCUACUAUAUUAUCAUCUUUCUUUCAUAAAAAGCAUAAAAUUAAAUAUUCAAAGUGUAGGUGGAAAAUAAAUUCAGAGAUGACUGAUAAAAUUUGCGUUCAAACACUGUCUGCCUUUUAACGGAAGAUUAAAAUUCAGCGACGGACGAGGGACUGUCGCUCAAACUUGGGGUUCCUAAACAGCCCGCGGCCACAACGGACAGGCGCGGUAUUACCGUGCUUUUGCUACUACAACAACGGCAUUCUUUCACCGUGACGCAGUGAAUUGCUAUGUUAUACCCAUAUAUUAAUCACGGUUGAUUGUGAGCCGUGGUUAUCACGGCCGCCCGAAUAUCCACAACAAUAGUGACCGGUGCGGUUCAAACAAUGUAACGUUACUCCCACACACAUGCAAACACUAACGCACAUGUGUGGGUACCGUCAGAAAUCGCAUGCGCGCAGCAUCUGUGCUUCAGCCCCUAUCUCCGUUUGCUCUGCGCCCGAAACUACGUACCCUCACAAUCGAUUAUCAAUUUUGUGCGCUACGCUUUAGAGUUUAGUUUUGUUUGCGUGGUAGUCGUUUGGAGUGAAGUUCCAACGCGAGACUGUACGGCAAUAAGCUUCCAGGACUCGGAUUUUUUAGAUGUCUCCGGAUCGCGUGGAGGCUGGGACGUAUCGCUUACGCGCCGACUCUUUGGAAAUAGUUACGCGGCUUGAACUGAAACUGUCGUUAGCGGUCAACACAACUGAGUGGUGAUAAAAAUAUCAUAAUUACAGAGUGUUUUGUUAUGUGAUGGAUGGUUCUUAUAUUUUGUGUCACAAAAUAUUGGAGUGUCUUGUUUAAUGGAGUGUCUAUAAAACAACAAAGAAAUAUAAAGCGGAUGGCGGCAGUGUCAAUGCAUCGUAUACUACACAAAUUACUUUUGUCGUACGGUAUAAAUUCGGUACAGUAAAAGUGUUCGUCGUAACUGUCGCAUAACGUUCAGUGUCGCUACGACUUUUGUUUCGAGCUACAAAGUGGUGUUGUGAUGUUGCGACUUUCGCCUAUAAAGGGCGGCAUUGCCGAAAAUUUGGCUGUGUAUGAAGAUGGGCCAUAAAAGUGAAUUAUUUUGCUCCCGCGGUGGCAAGAUGCUACUUACACUGUAUACGGCGCUUCUUCUCUGGAGGAUAGACUGCGUCGUGGAGAGCACCAAAGUGAUAAAAAGCAACAUGCGGCAUCAGACGACAUCGCCGAUCAGCAAAGUGGGCCCCACUGCGUCCCUGAGGGACGCCGAGCCAGACUUCAUAGGCCCCAUCGAGAAUGUGACGGUAGCCCUCGGCAGAGAAGCCGUGCUAACAUGCUCAGUAUCAGAUCUUGGAGAUUAUAAGGUGGCGUGGAUUCGAGCAGACGACCAAACGAUCCUGACUCUUCACACGCGCCUGGUCACCCACAGCUCCCGGUACGCAGUCACCAACGACUCCCCGCGGUCGUGGCAGCUGCACAUAAGACCCUUGAAGGUCGAAGACCGCGGAUGCUACAUGUGCCAAAUCAACACCAGCACUAUGAAGAAACAGAUCGGGUGUGUCGAUGUUUUAGUGCCUCCAAACAUAGUGGAUGAAGGCACCAGCGGGGACCUAGUCUCCCGAGAGGGUCAAGACGUGAGCCUCUCCUGCAAAGCUGAAGGUAGACCCCUUCCCAGGAUAUUGUGGCGAAGAGAAGACGGAGCCAACAUCCAACUGAGGAACGAUGCUGGAGAGCUUCGGAAAGUGGAUAUGUUUAUGGGUCCAAGCUUGAACCUGUCGAAGGUGGAAAGGCGUCAGAUGGGCGCUUACCUCUGCAUCGCAUCGAAUGAUGUCCCUCCGUCAGUCAGCAAGCGAAUCAUGUUGAGCGUUACUUUUCCACCAUCGACGUUGGUGGCUACGAAAGUGAUUGGCGUGCCGACCGGCUCGCAGGCCAGACUGGAAUGCUUUGUGGAGGCCUACCCCCAAGCCAUACACUACUGGCUCAAGAGUGGGGAAGAAAUGAUAUUGUCUGGAGGGAAACACGAGAUAUCUGAACAAAGGAUCUCAUCUUACCAACUGCGAACGAUACUCGUCGUAUCCCAGUUCGAGUCUGAAGAUGUGGGCACGUAUACAUGUGUCGCUACCAAUACUAUGGGAAAAGCAGAAGGGACGUUGCGACUUUACGAAAUAAAAAUUACAACGACGACGACAACUACAACUACAACCACAACUACAACUACAACCACUACGACAACUACUCCAGCUCCAACAACGACAGAACCGCCGCCAAGGUUCGUCGUGCCUCUACAACCCGCUGAACAAAAGUUCUACACUCCAGAUGUCACUACCUAUGACACAAUGCAAAACGUGAUCGAGCAGUCCGUUCUUGACAACAACUGGCUACCGACAGCAGAAUCUACAGCAACGAGCCGACAUCAAACCUUCUCGCUCCCCACUCUCGCACUGCUCUCAGUGUUGCCAUAUCUAAAUAAUAUUAUUUAUAGUAGUUUUAACGCACUUCUAAUUAUUAGUAGGAAUUUAAAAAUUGUAACACAGGGUGCGAGAUGAUAAGUUGUCUUGCUCACACGGAGAAUCAGUGUCAAUUUAAUAAAAUAGUUGUUUGCUAAGCAUUUAGUAUAGUUUUGCUUGAAUUUAUGCCAUUGCUAAAUAAUACCAUCAUCUUACUUACCGCUGCUGGAGUUGACAUUAGUUUUUCUCGUACAAAAAAUACACAAAUACGUCAUAAGAAGCUCUCUAAGAGUACGUUUUCUACCAUUUCGUACUUAUUAAGCUUUCUUCGCUCAUAUUCAUACAUUUUAGAUUUGAUAUGUGAAUAUUCCGAGUUUAUAAUUAUAAAGGUAUCAAUAACUUCAGAAUUGUCACUGCAAUUGGGUAUUGCGUAUAAACUAGCGAAACCACAAAAAAAAAUCCAAAGUGAAAUUUAAUUAAUUAUCUUAUAAGAUUGUGUAAAAACGUUAUAAUUGUAAAUAGACAGGAUUAAUAGUGUUUCGAAUUAAUUGUGAUAACAUUGUAAGUUAAUUAGGUCAAGCAAGCCUAUCCGUGAAUAUGGAAAUGUAAUAUUUUAAACAGCAUUUUUGACAUUAACACACCACUGAAGGCGCCGUCAAAAUUGACGUUAUAUUUCAAUGUAGUGCCAUUUUUGACAGCGACAUCGGUGCUGCCGUCCUAAAUUACAAAAUACUACUGGCGUAUUUAACCUUGAAUUUAUUUUGACUCCAUUAUUUUGGUAAAAAUUUAUGUCUAAAGUAGAGUUUGUUACUUCAUAAAGUUCGCUGAUAACUUUAAGUAACAACGGGAUGGUUUAUUACUGUUUUCGUAAGUAUAUUUUCGGGUAGGCUUGCGGUUAGUAUAAUGUACAAAUACAAUAAAUUAGAACGAAUAUAACGGUGUUUUGAACACAAGAACUGAUGGGGAAAGUUGGUUAAUCAUGUUUUACUUCACAAGCUUUUCCAAAAAAAAAAAAUGAUUUUAUUUUAAAUUUACAAAAAAAAAUCUUUAUUAUUCUUUCUUAUGAUUCCUGCAUAUAUUUGUGUGUCGUUAUUGGAUUGAAAUGAAUUGUAUGGUACCUUAAGAGAGACUCCGCGUCUACUUAAGGAAGACGGACUGACGAGUUUUUUAUAAUUAUUACUACUUGUAAAAAUUGAAAGUAUGAUAUAAAUAUGGCCUAAGCUAUAGGUACAUACAUCUUCCACAUAUAACAGAAGUAUAAUAAUCAUAUAAAAGCAUAUCAAAAUAAAUGUAUAAAUAAAUAUGUAAAUAGUAAAAUAACAAUUAGGGAAUGGACGAAGUUUUCCGAACUUUUCGAAAUCUGACAGAUGUUGCUGAGUAUUGUUUUGAAACCAUUUAACGAUUAAAGUUCUUGGUUUUAGUAUUACACUGUAUUUUAGUUUAAGGUAAUGUGCUUAAUCGUAUUUUGGUCUAUCAAUGCUAAUGGACUAAUUUCAUCAUAAUGGAAACAUUCAUUUUAUAUUCACAAUUUUAUUUGAUUAUUUAAACUUUGUGUCAUAUACUUUAGUCAAAAUUUUAUUGUAAGACACAUUGAAAUACAAUUGAUAUAGUCGAUAUUGUUUUUAAUCAUAAUAUGAUUCAAUAGAUGGACAGUGUAAAGCAAGAGCGUAGUAAUAACUCAUUGCAUUGUAUUGUGUUGCCGUUUUGAAUCGGAACUGUGAAUUUAAUUUUAGCACGCUUUAAAACCAAACACAGGUGCCAAUAUUGAGUAAAAACCAGUGUGAACGAGAAUUUAUGAGGUGAGUUUCGUCAACAUGUAGCGUAUUGUUGGUUAAUUAUAAUAGAAAAAGUGAUUGUGUAUGUUAACACAAUAACCUGACUAUUCGAUUUGAAUCAUUUGGCAAGCUAAUCAUUUACGAUCCAAUUGUGUUUAUACACGGAUUUACUGUAAGUCCGGAGAUUAUUACGAGUCAUUCAAUUUACUUUGGAUGUAAGCCGACAAUAUUGACUCAGAUAGUCAACAAGAUGUAAUUAUAUUGUUUCAGUAAUAAUACAAAUGACUCGAACUGGGCAAACUUUUCCUAUGUAACGAAGGUUUGAGCUUGAGUUUCAGUUUCAAAUAUUUGUAAUCUAGGUGGCUAUGAUAUUUUCAUACACCACCUUUUAAUAAUGAAGAAAGCAAGAGCAUUAUUCAACUGUUUUUUAAAAAAGUUCGGUAAUUUUACCAAAUAGUAAACACAGUUAAUUUUUGUCGUUCUCUUUUAUUUUUAUUUCGAAUAUUCUAACGUUUGAAAUUUUAAUCUAAGAUUCGUAUAAAAAUCGAUUGCACUGAAGUUUCAGUUAGUAGGAUCAGCAGUGUUUACACGUACCAACUUAUUUUACUUUCGAGACAAUUUAGUCUCAAAGGGUUGUCUCAAUAAAACACUCACCUCUUCUGGUUGUUUAAUGUGUUAAAUGUUAUGAUAAAUAUUUUUUUGUUUUCGAGUU